UCGUCUUUUCCCAAUGCAGAAACCAGUGCCACAAAACUUUGAUCUAAAUCCAACAAUGCAAGAUCCCAAUCUCGAAUCUCCAUUACUAAAAUUAAAAGCUGACGUGUCAAUUUGUUGGGCUUCGUUUCUUCCACCUGCUGGCCUCUCUACUCUGCAACUCUGCUUCGUUGUUCACUCACCAACCCCUCUCUCUCUCUAGCUCGGUCUGAGCGAACGAGAGAGGCGGAGAAGAACAAGUACAAGGCGAUGGCGAUCACCGCCACUGUCAAUCCGUCGACACGAUCUAUUGCUUUUCCCGAGCUCAACUACCACUUCUUUUCAUCUCCUAGUCCUUCCUCUCUCAGCCGCUUCGCCACCUUCAAGCCUUCCAAUUCCGUCUCUCCUCUGACAUGGCAGGCAAAGCGAAGACGGAAGUCGAUGAUUGUGCUUUCCUCCGGUGGAGACGCUAGUAGUGGUGGAAAUGGCGGGAACUACAGUGGUGGCGGAGGCGGAGGUGGAGGUGGUGAAGGGGAUGAUGCUGGGGAUAAGAACAAGGCGGAGGCUUUCCUUGCGCUUGCGGAGGUAGGCAGGUCUUUGGAUAGUAUCCCUUCGGAUCUGGCUUCGGCAAUUGAGGCUGGGAGGAUUCCUGGAUCAAUUGUCUACCGCUAUUUUGAAUUGGAGAAGUCGCCUCUUUUCCGGUGGUUGCUUCAAUUCGGAGGGUUCAAGGAACGGCUCCUGGCUGAUGAUCUGUUCUUGACUAAAGUUUCUAUCGAGUGCGGCGUUGGGAUCUUCACUAAGACUGCUGCAGAGUGGGAACGACGGAGAGAGAAUUUUUUCAAGGAGUUGGAUUUUGUUUUGGCUGAUGUGCUCAUGGCCAUCAUUGCAGAUUUUAUGCUUGUUUGGCUUCCUGCUCCUACUGUCUCUCUUCGGCCACCACUUGCAGUCGGUGCUGGAUCUAUCACUAAGUUCUUCAGUGGCAGCCCUGAUAAUGCCUUUCAGGUAGCAUUGGCUGGAUCAUCCUAUUCACUUUUACAAAGAAUCGGUGCUAUAGUGCGUAAUGGGGCCAAGCUUUUCGCAGUUGGGACCGGUGCAUCUUUGGUUGGUACAGGUAUAACAAAUGCCUUGAUGAGUGCAAGAAAGGCAGUGGACAAGGAAUUUUCUGGUGAAGCUGAAGAUGUUCCUGUAUUAUCAACCAGUGUUGCUUACGGUGUCUACAUGGCAGUGUCUAGCAAUCUUAGGUACCAAAUACUGGCUGGUGUAAUUGAACAGCGGAUUUUGGAACCAAUGCUGCACAAUCAGAAGGUUGUAUUGAGUGCACUCUGCUUUGCUGUUCGGACAGGCAACACAUUCUUAGGGUCAUUGAUGUGGGUGGAUUAUGCUCGUUGGGUAGGUAUUCAAAAGAUUCGUGAAUAGAGCAGACAGAGGUAUUACAGGGUCCCAAAUAUAGGUUUCAGGUUUUCUCCUUUUCUUUUAACAAGUUAUCUAUUUAUUGAAUGGAAAAAAAAAAAAAAAAGCCAGAAGAGACUUGAUCAUGCUUGCUGGAGCUGUUGGUCUCCCAGUUUAUGUUUUUUUCCCAGAAGCGGCUCAUGCAUGGGAACUUGUAUAUAUUGUUAGAACAAACACGAAGGGAAAAUGAACAGAUUCAUGCAAAA